AUACGUUCUGAGAUAGUUCGGUGAAGCAAAACAAUAACAAGUGUGCAAAAUGUCAAUCAUACCGUUCUUCUACGACAUGGAAAGACCUUUCCAUUCAAUAAGCAGAGAUUUCUUCCGACCAUCGUACGAUAUGGUUCCUCAUCAGUUCUUCAACCAUGCAUUUGCGAGACCUUUUGGAAAUAUGCUUCAGGAAUGGGAGAACAUCAUGCGACCAAUGGAACAGUUGUCAGAAGCUGUCAAUCGUCUGGCGCUCAACGAAAUCGAUGCAAAAAUAAGUUCGGAUGAUGAGAAAUUCCAGGUGAACGUGGACGUGCAGCAUUUCUCUCCAGAAGAGAUAAACGUCAAAGUUGUCAACGGCAACGUCAUAGUAGAGGGUAAACAUGAAGAGAAGCUAGAUCAACACGGGUACGUUUCUAGACAGUUCGUUAGACGGUACGCACUACCUAAAGGCUGUCUGCCGGACACCGUACAGUCUUCGUUAUCCUCGGAUGGUGUGCUAACUGUCACGGCACCUAAAGUUCUUGCCAUGCCAUCAAUCGGCGAACGGAUUGUACCAAUUACUCCCACUGGCCCCAUCAAAAAGCAGCUUGGAUCUCCGGAAAUGAAAUCUAUCAACAGUGAGGAAUCUAUGGAGUCUUCAAAUUAAAAAAAUCCUAAGUAACAAAGUGUAUGAGUUACUGUUUAUAAUUUGAUUUAUAAUAUUUUUAUUGUAAGACUGAUUUAUGAAAACCCAAAGGUGAUAUUCUUACCUGGCUCUUGUAUUAUUGUAAAAUUUAAGUUUGUAAAUAAAUUAUUU